AGCCGGCGUUGAGAGGACCUGGGCCAGGCCCAUCUUUGCCUCGGUCUCACUGUCUCAUUCUCACUCCCCCGUUCUGUUCGCAUCCUCCGCCAGAUCCCCCGCCGGAGCCGCCGGAGCUCUCUGUCCGCCCGCCUCCCUUCGACGAAAUUGCACGGUGCGGAUUCCUCUAUUCUCCCUCCCGAUAUCGCGCCGCAAUCUUCCCCGCGCCCGGUCGCGCCACCGCGGAGUGUACGGAGAAGAGGUGUCCGGCGCCGGCGGCCAGGCGAGAAGAGCCAACGGGCGGAAGUGUGUCGCGCGGAUGAGCAGUGGCACGCGCCGGCAGCUCGGCUGACGCAGGUGCAAGCUGCCAACUGUACUGCAACCAAGGCAUAUUUGUAGCGUGGGUACGGGAGGGGAUACCCGGCCCGAGAUGUUCGCGACGGCGGCGCGGUGGGCGGCGAAGAAGGGGAAACCCAAGAUGGCGCCGAUCGAGCUCACGACGCCGCCGGAGCAGGCGCAGUCCAUCACUCGCACCAUCUUCGACGUCGUCAGGGAGCACGGCCCGCUCACCAUCUCCGACGUUUGGGAGCACGUCAAGGACGUAGGGCUGAGGGGAUUGGAGAGCAAGAGGCAGAUGAAGAUCAUGCUGCGGUGGAUGAGGGAGAAGCAGAAGCUCAGGCUCAUCUGCGACCAUGAAGGGCCUCACAAGCAAUUCCUCUACACGACGUGGUUCACCAACCCCAAGAACGCGCCGCCGCAGAGGCCCAAGAGGGAGCUGCCCAAGCCAUGAUGAGGGCAUUCACCAUUUUCCGGUUCCAGUGCCGCAACAAUGGUCCGCAAGAUUAGGAAUGGAUGCUAGGGAAUUUAAGCUUGUUGUCGUUUUAUCAAUCUUUGAGUAGCUUGGCUUCUUCAGGUCCCCAUGAAGUCCGGGAAACAAUAGUAGGUAGAUGCGCUCUUUAUGCAUUGCCUGUUUAACCUUGCUCAGCAAAUAUCUACCGCUAGGCUUUUUCACCGGCACCAAUGAUUGAUCUGGAUCAAAACUUUAUUUGUAUAUUGAGAAUAGAUGGGCUAAACCAUUCGUGUAAAUUACAGUAGUACCGAGUA